AUGGAACAUCCUGCCAUCACACUCUCCGGACUCUGUGCCGUUGGUGGAGUCAUGGGUUACGUCAAGAAGGGCUCCGUUCCUUCCAUUGUAGCAGGGCUCACUUUCUCUGCUUUGUAUGGCUCCGCUGCUUACUUGUUGAAGCAGAAUGCUGAUUGGGGCUUGGAAUUGGCAGUGGGUACCUCGGCCACGUUGCUCUUGGCUGGACUCGGAAGAGCUAUCCCUACUCAGUUCAAGAAGCCAGUCCCUUUGGCAUUGGUUGUCUUGGGUGGUUUGUCUACUGGCUACUAUGUCAAGAAAUACAACGAGUUCUAUCCGUUGUUCUAG